AUGAAGUUUUCACAUUCAUUACAAUUCAAUGCUGUCCCUGAAUGGUCAUCCAAAUAUAUAGCAUAUUCCCAUUUAAAAAAAUUAAUAUAUUCGUUACAGAAGGAAAAAUUAUACAGCGUAUCGAACCCGCGAGUACUCCAAGACGAGGAAACACAACCCUUAACGGCUACAUCUACAGGUACUCUUUAUUCAAACGAUAUAUAUAUUUCUAGAUUUAUCGAGGCAUUGGAUCAUGAAUUGAAAAAGAUCGACAAGUUUUAUAUAUCCCAAGAAACGGGGCUAGUAGCAAAUUACAAUGAAUUGAAAGAUGACGUUGCGGAAUUUGAGAAUGAUCUAAUAAAUAACAGAAUGCCCAGUUUGAGUGAUGCAAUCCCACGUCAACCAUUCAGACGUCGUCUAAGUAGUGUUUCCUCAGCUGAAUCUAAUAUAUCAGAUGAUGUCAUGUCGUUCAUCUCUACCGGAAGACCAAGGAGUUCUUCAGCAGUUAUGCCAGCUAGCAACCCAGGUGCGAUUACUGAUGACUUUUAUGCAUCACAAUCAAGAAUUACAGCACAAACUACUGGCUCAGGGUCACAUAUUCUAUCACCUUUUGUUCAACAUAGGAUUACAUUAAGACAAAGAUUGAUUGCAUUAUAUACUCAAUUAUCUGAAUUGAAGGAAUUCAUUGAAUUAAAUCAGACUGGUUUCUCGAAAAUUUGCAAAAAAUUCGAUAAAUCAUUGGAUACAAAUAUUAAACCCAUUUAUUUAGAGACAUUGAAGACAAAAUCACAUGUCUUUAAGCCAGAAACUUUACAAAAAAUAUUAGAUACUAUCACUGAAGCCAUAGCAAGUUAUGCAAAAUUAUGUUCAGGUACUUUCCCAUUCCAAGCUACAACAGAAGAGGAGGAUAUGGAGGAAUUUAAAGAAGCUGAAAAAGAACUAGCAACUCAUUUAAGAGAUCAUGUUGUUUGGGAAAGAAAUACCGUUUGGAAGGACAUGAUGAAUAUUGAAAGGAAGGCUCAAAAUGUAAAGAGUGAAAAUAGGAAUAUAAGUAAAUAUACAAAGAGAAGGGCUCACAUGAAAGAACAAGGACAAGCAGAUAUCGAGAGUAAUGAAGAACUUCCCACCACAUUUGAAGAGGCAAUCAAACUAUCACCUUACAAUUAUCUGCAAUUAUUACUACAAUCUAAGGCAAUGAUAAGGUUUUUGUUCAUAACAGCUAUUUUUAUAACUGCACUUUAUUAUUCACCUUUUGAUGACCGCUCACAGAAAAAUUGUUUCGCAAUUGUGAUAUAUGCCUCCUUUUUAUGGGCAACCGAAACCAUCCCACUUUUCGUAACAUCAUUGUUAGUGCCACUUCUAAUUGUUGUGUUCCCUGUUUUGAAAGAUCCCAUUUCAGGAGACCCAAUGAUACCGACCCAAUCAUCACAAUAUAUUUUAUCAUCGAUGUGGUCAAGUGUUAUUAUGUUAUUACUUGGUGGGUUCACAUUAGCAGCCGCUUUAUCAAAAUAUAAUAUUGCAAAAGUACUUUCGACAUAUAUCCUUGCCUCAGCAGGAACCAAUCCUCAUAUAAUUCUAUUAACGAAUAUGUUUGUUGCCCUUUUCGCUUCCAUGUGGGUAUCUAACGUUGCAGCACCUGUACUAUGUUAUUCCAUCAUUCAACCAUUACUACGUACGCUACCAAGACAAAGUACAUACCCUAAGACAUUGAUUCUAGGGAUUGCUCUUGCUUCCAACAUAGGUGGUAUGUCAUCACCUAUUUCGUCACCACAGAAUAUUUUCUCCAUUGGGAUAAUGAAUCCUCCACCAUCAUGGGGCGAAUGGUUUAUCAUUUCCAUACCUGUCUGUUUUGUCUGUAUAAUUGGGAUAUGGUUAUUCUUAAUAGCCACAUUCCCCUUAGAAUCUUCUGUUAAAAUCCUGCCAUCACAUCCAAUUAGAGACCCAUUUACUUUAACACAGUGGUUUGUUUCAUUUGUUUCCAUUGGAACAAUUUUACUUUGGUGUCUAUCUAAUCGUAUUUCGGGGAUAUUUGGUGAAAUGGGUAUUAUUUCAAUCAUUCCCUUAAUUAUAUUCUUCGGUACAGGUUUAUUAACAUCUGAGGAUUUUAAUAACUUCAUGUGGACAAUCGUUAUUUUAGCUAUGGGUGGUACUACUUUAGGGAAAGCCGUUACAUCUUCCGGUUUAUUAUCAACCAUUGCGACUUUCAUUAGGAAAAGUGUUGAGCACGAACCUAUUUUCGUAAUCGUACUUAUAUUCGGUCUAGCUAUUUCCAUAAUUGCAACUUUUGUUUCACAUACGGUCGCAGCAAUGAUUGUUGUUCCCUUAAUGAAUGAAAUCGGGUCUAAUUUACCAUCCGGUGAUCAUUCAAGAUUAUUGAUUAUGAUUACUGUUUUAUUAUGUUCAAGUGCAAUGGGCCUUCCAACUUCUGGAUUUCCUUCUGUCACUGCGGUUUCUAUGAUUGAUGAAGUUGGCGAUAGAUAUUUAUCUGUUGGUACUUUUAUCACUAGAGGUGUUCCUGCAAGUAUAUUUAGUUAUUUAGUCAUAGUAACUUUGGGGUAUGUGUUGAUGAAAUUAGUUGGUUUUUGA